CCAGCGCAAUGGCUUCGAACCUCCCCCCUCCCCAUCCCACCACGCACCCCCACCCCGCCACCCGAUGAUCAACAUGCCUCUACGAUCACCUCAGGGAUGCCCAUCAGUCGCGAUUCCUUAUCGCCGCUGAAGGCAUCCUUCCCGAAGGGUAUCAUGGAGUCUGAGAGCAGAGAUAUGCUGAGCCCUACCAAGGCCUCCUUCGGAUUGGGGACCUCGCCGACUCAGAAUGGCUCGGGCGACAGCCCCGCGGGGCCAUUCAAUUUCGAUACUGCUGUGAUGGCGAAGAGUCCGGUCGUCAAAUCGAACAUUGGACAGCGUCGUGGCCACAAGUACAAACAUAGUAGCAUAUCGCAUCAGAUCUUCCUCGAGCCACCUCCGCGCGCCCCUCUCGCCCUCCCCAAUUCCCUCCCUAUACCAACAUUGAAGGAAUGUCGAUCCAGCAUGUCGAAAGAUCAAAAGACCCGUUUCUGGUGGAGUCUUUGUCAUAUGUCAAUUGCGGCAUACACGCUAUGGACCGCGCACGGGUCUUUGGCCAUGACGUCCUUAUCGCACUUGAUCCUCUUCGACUCCCUGGGUGCUCUGCUGUGUGUUGCAGUGGACGUGCUGAGCAAUUUCGAAGUUUGGAAACGAUCCAGCAUUCGCCACCCAUUUGGCCUUGAACGAGCCGAGGUUCUGGCUGGGUUCGCAAUGGCCGUGCUUCUCCUGUUUAUGGGGCUGGACCUCAUAUCGCACAACUUACAACAUUUCCUGGAGAAGUCCGGCCAUGAGCCUCAUCGCCCCCACGAGCAUGAUCGUGUUUCACUGGGCAGUGUUGAUAUAACUGCCGUUCUUGCUAUCUCUUCAACACUGGUUUCGGCGAUCGGACUCAAGAACCAUGCUCGUAUCGGGAAGGCCAUGCGGUUUGGGUAUAUUCAGUCACUUCCGUCCGUCCUGAGCAAUCCAUCCCACUUCCUGACACUCUCAUGCUCCGCUCUCCUGCUAUUGCUACCCUUGGUGUCGAUCCGCAUCUAUGACUGGCUCGACAAGCUCCUGUCGGGAACCAUUGCCUUCUCCAUGUGUUUCUUGGGCAUGCGAUUGGUGAAGACUCUUGGCUCCAUGCUUCUCAUGUCCUACUCUGGUCCCGGAGUAUCUGAUGUCAUUAAAGAUAUCGAAGCCGACCCUGCUGUGAUCGGCAUUGAUGAUGCUCGGUUCUGGCAGGUCCAUUACGGGCUAUGCAUGGCCAAUCUCAAGCUACGGGUUGGUGGAACUGAAGAGAACCUUCUUCGGCUCCGAGAAAAGAUCACUAGCUUGGUCCGUAACCGAUUGGGUGGGGGUUACGGUGGGGGUGGCCAAAAAUGGGAGGUGUCUUUACAGUUCACCAUCGAACGAGCCUGA